GCCGCGCCCGCCCCCCGGGGAGGGGUUUGCGCGGCCCGCCCCGGACCCGCCCGGCGCCAGGGGGCAAAAGUCCCGGCGCGCCCCGCCGCCGCCGCCGCCGCUGCUUCUCCGCCCGGGUCUGCUCCCGCUCCCGCUGCCGCCCGCGAAGAGCCGCCGCCGCCGCCGCCGCCAUGUCAGGUCCCCCUGGAGCAGCAGGCCCUGCCUCUGGCAGCAACCGACGUCUCCAGCAGACUCAGCACCAAGUUGAUGAGGUGGUGGAUAUCAUGCGGGUCAACGUUGACAAAGUUUUGGAGAGGGAUCAGAAGUUGUCUGAGCUGGAUGACCGUGCUGAUGCCUUACAAGCCGGAGCUGCUCAGUUUGAGACAAAUGCAGCCAAGCUGAAGAGGAAAUACUGGUGGAAGAACUGCAAGAUGUGGGCCAUCCUGGUUGCGGUGGUUGUGAUGCUCAUCAUCAUCAUCAUCAUCCUGAGUGUGUCCUCGUGAACCCGCAGAACGUGAAGCCGCCUCGAUGUGGAACUCCUCCAUCUAACUUGCUCUGUUGCCAAGCUUUUGUACGGGUGCCCAAAUCAAGCAUUUAUUCCGGAUAGCGGUGCUAACUCUUUGUAGUUUGAGUGCUAGGCUUCGGCUUGGCAGCCUGAGGCGAGCUGCAGGAGAAAAGCCAGACCUCAGAAUCUUCCAAGUGAUCUUGCGCUGAAAUUGCCACUUCUUGGACAAAUCCAUAUUUUCCCUCUCCCGGUUAGAGUAGGAGAAUUGCGGAAACAGGAACGGGGAUCAGCUCUCAUUUGUGCCUUCCUAAAAUGAAUGAUUUCCUUACACACAAUUGGGCCAUAUAUUGAACAGUCGGUGCCUUUGUUAGAUCGUAGCAAUUUAUUGCUGGGGGUAGUGGGCCGUAACGAGCAAACACUACCCUUUUUAGGCUGCUUUUAAGUCUCUCGCAAUGAUUUUCACUUGGAGCACUUAAAACGACCACCCGAAACCCGGAAGUAUUUUGGACGCAGACACAGUAUGGGGUCUGUUCUUACAAUUUAGUGCCUUAAUUGUUUGGGCCCGAACAAACGCCAUCAAGUAUUUCUUUGGUGGUUCUGGACAGACGCAACAAAAGUUGGUUUUCAGUAAAACUGAAGCUGCAAAAAAAGAAAAAAACCACAGUGGCUUUUCAGAAGAAUUCUGACUUUUUGUAAGCGGCCUGUUCUGAAUUCUGUCCUUUGGCAGGAUGCUGUCUUCUCCCAGACCUUCCGAUGAGUCUUACUCUUCUGCGGCCACGUACGUUCCCAUUCCUUGCACGCGACUUACGUUUUCUCUCGGAUCCUCGGUGUAGCACCCCAACUUGCAGAUCACCGGCAAGAGCAAAAGCUGAUCCCAGAAACGGGGGUUGUUUUUCUGCUUGUCAUAUUGCUAGGAGAUAACUGUAAUACUUGAUUUUUCAAAUACUUUUGCAUAGGUUGAAAAUCGAAACACUGAAAAUGGGCUUUCCCUCCUAACAAGUGAAGCUUCACGUCACUGUUGUUGUUCUUGCCGAUUAUUUCAAUUCUGAACUUAACCAAACUUGAAUUGCCGUUUCUUCCCACUAACCUUCGGCCUCGCUACGCGGCUGUUUCUGCGGCCGGGCGGAAAGGGCCCUCCGCCCGCCGCUGCCCCGGCCCGGUGGGGCGAGAGGCCGAACUCCUGGAGCUGCUCAAUAAAGGGCGAUUGCCGGUGCGUG